AUGAAUCGUUUCGAAACGUACCGCGACCUGAAGCUGCGCUGGAAACGCACCACGAAGUCGCGGAAGAACCGGGUGAGGCUAGCACGCAAGUGGCGGCAGCCCCGCUACGUAAACCCGGCGAACCCGCCCACCUGCACCUUCGUGCUGCACGAACGCCUGCCUCAGACGCGAUCAAGUAGGGGCUACGGUGGUAGAAGCGGCCUGAAUGAGGAGGCCAGACCUUCAUCGCAGAGGCCGUAUGAGCCGGGGGAGGUUGUGUUCGACACGUCGCACAACUUCAGUGUCUACCCGCCUCCAGAGGUGGUGCAGAAACUGCGAGAGGGUUACGAGGAACUGUUUUGCGUAUUCAAGUCGUCCGCGAUGCACCAGCACAAGGCGCCGAUCAGCAGGUGGGUUAGCAGCGUUUUAAAGCGGCAAUUGAAUACAGGGGAGAAGGUGACUUUCGGCACGGUCCUGCUGGUGGCCUCGCGGGACUGGACCAUCAUCGGCAAACCAACCGUGCCCUAUGCGAAGGUGGAGGCGACCAUAGAACAGCAGACGCUCUGCGGAGAACAAAUCAGCUUCCGCUAUCGCAAGUCGAGGCGCAUAUCGCGUUUUCUGAGGGUUCGUCACUGGGUGACGGUGCUGCGCAUCGACGACAUUGUGGUCGACCCCGAGAUGCGGGUAGACACCACGCCAGUCAAGCCGCUGCGCCUGCUGGACCUCUGGGCCAACAGGUGGCUGUACGAGGAGGAGCUGGGCGGCGUGAAAUACUCAGGAGACCGGACGGUAGCGGAAGGUACGUCUCAGCGGUCGGCAGUCGAAAUGCCUUCAGCCAUAUACGACGGCACAGAGCCCAAAGCCGGCAGCUACAACCGGCUCGGACUCACCGAAGCGUACCGGUACCACCCUGACCCCUAUGCGCCCAACUAG